AGAAAGAGUGAAAAGAAAAAGGAAGAGAGUGAGAAGAGAAAGAAGGAGUGAAAAAGAAAAAGAGAAAGAGUGAGAAGAGAAAGAAGGAGAGAGACUGUAAGACUGAACUGUAGCCUCUUCCUCGUUCGCUCCUGUUCAGUGUUCAGACUGAAGUUAGUUCUGGUUUGUUUAAUGCUGUAAUAGCUGAUCUGGUUUAUUUGCAGUGUGAACGCUCUGUUUGCACUGAUUCACUUCAGUUCAGUUCGUAGCUGCUGCUCCAGUUUAACCGCUGUUUGCGUUGGUUUAGUUCCAUUUAGCUCUUCAGGCUCGUAGCAUGUGGGCGCUUUAGCAGGCCACGCCCACUCCUCACACUAUACACUUUUUUUUAUUUGGUUUUAUAGCGCACGUGCAGCUGUUUGUAUUGGUUUAAUUCGGUUUACCUAUAGUAGGUGUUCACAUUCAGGCUCAAAACGUGCAGCAUGUGGGCACUUUAGUUUAACAAGCCACACCCCUUUAUCGCUACAGGCUCCGCCCCUUCACUGGAUAUCGCCAUAAACUUUGUUUAGUUUGGUGUGUAGCUGCUGUUUGUUUUGGUUUAGUUACGUUGUUUACAUUAAGGCUCGAAACUUGCCCUUGUUUCCAGUGAAUUCAUCAAGCCACACCCCCUCAUCGCUACAGGCUCCGCCCCAUUGCUGGAUAUUGCUGUUAGUUUUAUGUAGUUUAGUGCUCAGAUACUGUUUAUACAGGUUCAGUUCACUUUAGCAACAGUGUUUACAUUAAGGCUCGAAACCUGCUCCCGCUUGUGGACAGCUAGUUCAACAGGCCACGCCCUCGAGUCAGUCUUAAGGCUCCGCCCCCUGUCACCGGUAUAUCUCCUUUACCGCUCGUGCUGGUCUCACUCAGAGCUGAACAUGAACAACCCUGAAAAGCAGCAGCAGCACUAUAAAUAACGUCCACUCUCUCACAGCGGGCAGCUGGUGUUUGUGUCCAGAUAUUGCACAACCCUCGGACUCAGAGGGCCUGCUGAUGAAGAGAGAGGGAGCGCACAAGCCCAGCUUUAGUUAGAAUAAGUGUAGGUGGGGGCAGGGGGUUACCUGUGCUGCGAGAUAUUAACCAGAUGCUCGGUGGUCACUCUGCAGGACAUUGUGUUUAUAACGAAGUGUCCAGUUUCUUCGUUUGCUGAGAAGAUCAGGAUGUAACUUGGACCUAAGCACCUUCACUCAGGCACUCUCUUGUCAGGAUGAGCGGCGGAAAGAAGCGGAGCGGCUUCCAAAUCACCAGCGUCACCUCCGACUACAACCAGACCGUGGGGGAAAGCUCCGGCCCCAAAGUGCCCGUCAGCCCCGAAACUGCUGCUUCCCCAUUGAUGAGCAAUGGGGCUCAGAAAGACUCUGGAGACCAGGCCACGCCCACUACAGCUAUGCUAAAUGGCCCCUCCUUCAGCCACACUCUAAGCCCAACCCUCCAGACAUACCAGACUUUGAGCCAGCCCAGCACUCCCGUCACCAUGCGGAAGCAGAGCUCAUUAGACCAAACGGGCGCCGGGGGCGGAGCCUCACGGUUCCGCGUGGUACGACUGGGACAGGGUCUGGGCGAGCCGUACAAGCGGGGCCGCUGGACGUGUGUGGACGUGAUGGAGCGGGAGGCGGAGGAACGCGGGCUCCGCCGGGUGAUUGACAGCAUGAGGCACGCCCACUCUCUGGAGUCACUGGAGACGGUGGGGCUGGGCGGGGCCGAGGGCCCGGUGGGCGGGGCCGUGCUAAAGCCCCUGGGUGUGCGAGGGCUGAGAGCGGGUCACAUGGUACACUCCCAGGGGACCACCCACCAGCUGGCCGGGUACAGAGUGGACGCCGCCCACAGCGGGCCACCGUCACCCACACACACACCCACGUACCACUUCAGAGCGACUCGCUCCCAGCCGGCGUCCCCCGGCCCCCACACUGCUCGAGACGGACCGUUCCACCCGACCCUCACUCCGAUCCAGACCCCCUCAGCUCUGGCCCUGGCUCAGUCCAUGUUCGGAGUUGGGGGGGCCUUCGAGCUGGUCAGCGAUGAGAGUGUGAGAAAGCUGGUGUCCGUAUUUGAGACCCGGAAACAGCCCCGCCCACUUCCCCUCCCUCCAUCGCACUCUUCUCCUUCCCUCUCUUCAUCACUCCCACCUUCACACUCUUCUCAAAGCCCCACCCCCAGCCCAAACCCCUCCUCUAACACUCUACAAGCCACGCCCACCUUCAGAUCAUCCUCUCCGGUUCUAAAAGCAGGACCUGCCAAUGAACCAUGCACCCCUCCAGCAUCAGGAACCGCCCCCUCAACCUGGUCCAGACCUCCGUGCACUCCUCCCAUCCCACAUUCUCUCCUCGGCAGAGAGAGAGGGAGCGAUGGAGGAAGGCAGGAAGUUGUGUUGAGAGGGAACGGAACUGGGCGGAGGGUUCCGCGGGUUAGGCUGCGUGACUCAUGGCCAAUUGGAAGGCUUAAUUGCUUCGAGGAAAACUUCCUCUCAUCUGUCACAACACAAAACAAAAAAUCAGCCGGCUGUGAUCAGUGCCCUCCAGCGUUUGACAGGCGCAGGCUGAGGCUGGUACGCUUCACUUCACGGCCUGUUAGUUAUCCCUCAGUGACCCCUGAUUGGGCCUGUACUGCCUCCACCACAGGGCAUACCACCAGGUCUACCUCUGCACCCAGAUCCACCUCCACCACAGGACCCAAAUCAAACUCCAACACAGGUCCCAAAUCCACCUCCACCACAGGUCCUAAAUCUACCUCCACCACAGGACCCAAAUCCACCUCCAACAGAGGUCCCAAAUCUAUCUCCACCACAGGACUCAAAUCCACCUCCAGCACUGGUCCCAAAUCCAUCUCUGCAAUAGGAGAUAAAUCCAUCUCCACCACAGGACCUAAAUCCACCUCCACCACAGGUCCUACAUCUACCUCCACCACAGGACCCAAAUCCACCUCCACCACGGGUCCUAAAUCUACCUCCACCACAGGACCCAAAUCCACCUCCAACACAGGUCCCAAAUCCAUCUCCACCACAGGACCUAAAUUCACCUACACCACAGGAACCAAAUCCACCUCCACCACAGAACCAACCAACAGUUCUAUCACAGGAACCAAAUCUUCUGCCAUGGGACGAGAUUAUACCUCCACCACCGGACCCAAAUCUACCUCCACCAUAGAACCAACUACCAGCUCCAUCACAGGAACCAAAUCCACCUCCACUACAGGAUCCAAAUGCUCCUCCACCACAGGCCCUGCAACUGCCUCCACCACUGCACCCAAAUUCACCUCCAUCACAAGACCCACUACGGAUGUUUCAGACACUUCAGCAGCCUCUGGAUCUAGUGGAUCCAAACUCAGCUCCGCCAUAGGGACUGAACAUCUCACUGACAGCUCCAAUUCUGAGCCCUCCAAUAUUUAUACUGCCAGGAGCCCUGCUGGGUGUACUGCUAGCUCCACAACAGGCACUAAUGCUAGCUCCACCACAUGGUCUAGUCCUGGCUCUGUCACAGGGACUAACAGCAGUAGUUACACUUCAGGCACCACUGCUAGUGCCCUGACCUGCACUAAUGCUAGCUCUGCCACAGGCACUACUAGCAGUAGCUGUGCUACAGUCAGUGCUGCUAGCUCCAUGACAGGGACUGAUGUUAGCUCCACCAGAGGGACUGUUAGCAUUGCUGCUAGCUUUAUGAUAGAGACUGAUUCUAGCUCUGCCACUGGGACUGCUAGCCGUAGCUGCACUAUAGUUACAGCUGCUAACUCCAUGACAGGAACUAAUGCUAGCUGUGCUAUAGGGUUUGCUCCGAAUCAACCAAACCAAGGACAGUAUGUGGGAUCUCCAGGGAAUGUUCCUCAGCGUUGUAGCCCAAACAGACUCAGCGAGGUGCUCUUGUCUUCUGGAUAUCCUGAAAAACACAUCCCGUCUGGUGCGUGUUGUGGUUCAGUCCCUGCUGGUGGCCCUUUUCUUGUUUCCAGAGCUAAUAAGAGGCUGUUUGAAGGCCAGUCUUGGAUGCCUCGGUGUCCAGAACAGCUGCGUAGUGCCUCCAGGUCAACUGACGCCAGUGUAGCUCCCAAUAAGAGUAAGGGGCAGGAAAAGGGGGCGUGGCUCAAACACAAGCAGGGGCUCCGCCCCUCUGACUCCGCCUACUUCUCUCUGCUGCUGUUCUUGCGCAGCGGAUCCAGUGGCAGCAUGAUCGCCAUCGACAACAAGAUCGAGCAGGCCAUGGACCUGGUGAAAGCCCACCUGAUGCUGGCGGUGAGGGAGGAGGUGGACGUUCUGCGAGAGCAGAUAAAGGAGCUGUCUGAGAGGAACGCUCAGCUAGAGAGAGAGAACUACAUCCUGCGUGCCCUCAGGGACCCACACUGAGGCAUGAUGGGAAACGGAGUCUUUACUACAGGCGGCCGGCAGUUAAAAGAAUGGAGAAACUACAGAGAGAAGACUGUUAACGGACUCUGAGGAGAACAGAGAACUGUAGAGUGAUAUUCACUGUUCACAGUGCCUUACACACACACAUACACACACACACACACACACACACACACACACACACAGUAGAGUUUAGUGUUAAACUCACACUCUGAAUGCAUUUUUAAUGAAAAGGUUUAAAAAAAAAGCCAUGAUUUUUUAAGAAUGAUUUUUGAUGAUGAUUCAUUAAUUAACAGUUGAUAGCAAUAACGAGACUCUAAACUCUUAUUUCUUUACUGCUUAUUUAUUGUUGCCAGAGUAUUUUGAGAAUUAUGUAGAUUCUCUCUCUUAAAGGGGAACUCCACCAACUGCACCAGAAUGUCUGCAUGAUUAACUGGUUGAGAUGUAAUCAGAGCGGUUCAGAGUCGCUCAGAGCGGUUUGGUGUGAAACGCUCUGUUCUAGAUAAACUUACUGAGUCAGAACUGUUCACAGUGGUGCUGAUAGGAACCAGACGUCCCCCUCUAAAAGCUCCCUCACAGAAAGUUCCUACAGUAAAUGGUUAUGAAUUCACUGCCUGAUGACUGAGACACUGCUUUAUGAUAGUUUAGAGAACUUAAACUCCAUUCAUGGUGGAGGGAUACAUGCAGGGAGCUGUGAGGCAAAAUAGUCCCCGAAGAAAACUCAUCACCAUAGAUACAAUUAUCAUCAAAUACAGUGACAUCUAAACAUCCUACGCUUCUGUCCUGCAUUCUGUUCUAAUUUAGUUCUGUUUUUUAUUAGAAAUGAACAUAAUCGGUGUAACAACUUGAGUGAAAAGUGGAUUAACGCCACCUUUACUAUCAUCAGCAUUGAUGAAAACUGAUUCAUAAACACAGCAAAUAUGAAUAGUGACUCAGUAUUCCUUCAUUUUAUCCAUCAUAACGUUUUGUGUUUUAUUUUUUUCCCAAUUCUCUUAAACUUUGUUAUUUUUUUUUCCAGUUUUAAAUAUUUAAAAAAUCAAUGUUGUGUCAGACCUUUGGACCCCACUGUGUCCCCAGUAGCAAGAAUACAGUGGACCACUGUCGGCCCGCUGACGGCAGGGCUGGCGGUCCACUGGUGUUUUGCUCAGCGUUUUCCUGGUCGCCCUCUGGUGGUUAAGCAGAGUGAUAAAAAUGCCACCUUUCAUCACUCAUUUUCCGCUCACAGUCCAAUUUACUGAUUUUUCAUUUCUUCUUUCUUUUGUUUUCCUUUGUAAAUUAGUUUAGUGACUAAUUUUAGUAAUCACAGUGUCAUCAACAACAUUUUCAACCAAACCACUUUAUAUCAGGCCAUUAUUUUUUUGUCUCAGUUGUUCGUAAUAUUCGUCUUAGUUCAUUUUCCAAAGUAAAGGUCUGUAAGCAUUUAAAAUCUGUUUAAUCUGGAGAUUAAAAACUAGUUAGAGCUUGUACGCAAGACAGUAAACUGGGUGGUCCGAGGGUGGACCAGCAGUGGCCUACGGUCGACCUUAUAAAGCCAGCGGGCCGAUAUGCGCUUGUUGUCUGGGUAAAAAUUCACUGGUGGUUCUGGAUAGUAAAUAAAAUGUCUAUAUCUGUGUUGUAGUCAUGGCGACCCCUGGUUCCUAUCACCACCACUGUAAAGACAUCUGAACCAUUUCACACCAAACCACUCUGAAUCACUCUCACACUGAAAUUUUGAAAAAAUGGGUGGAGCUGCCCUUUUUAAGGUCUGUCUGAGUGAGAGAGCUAAUAAACGAGUAACUAGUUAAAGCGUUAAA